GUAAAUUAACACUAACUUCCUCUCGCUAAAGCUUUCUAUAAAUUCAACCACUCGCUUCCCACUUCAAAACCCAACAACAGAUUCUCACAUAUCUCUCUAUUUCUCUGAAGGAAAGAAGAAAAGAAAGAAGAACUUUAAGUCCCAAGUUAGCUAACACAAGAAGUAGCAAAACAUGGGUCCUGUUUGGUUCUUAGUUAUGGUUUUGAUAGGAGUAAAGGCUUCUUCCGUGAGCGGCCAAGGUGGCGGUUGGAUCAACGCUCACGCCACUUUCUACGGCGGUGGCGAUGCUUCCGGCACAAUGGGUGGUGCUUGUGGAUACGGCAACCUAUAUAGCCAAGGUUAUGGGACGAACACGGCGGCUUUGAGCACGGCUCUGUUCAAUAACGGACUUAGCUGCGGUUCUUGCUUUGAGAUAAGAUGUGAGAACGAUGGUAAAUGGUGUCUACCUGGAUCAAUCGUCGUAACCGCUACAAACUUUUGCCCGCCAAAUAACGCUUUACCUAACAACAAUGGCGGUUGGUGUAACCCUCCUCUUCAACAUUUUGAUCUUGCUCAGCCUGUUUUUCAACGCAUUGCUCAAUACAGAGCCGGAAUCGUCCCUGUUUCCUACAGGAGGGUUCCGUGUAGGAGAAGGGGAGGAAUUAGAUUUACUAUAAACGGUCACUCAUACUUUAACCUCGUUCUGAUCACAAACGUUGGCGGCGCCGGAGACGUUCACUCGGCGGCGAUCAAGGGUUCAAGAACAGGUUGGCAAGCGAUGUCAAGGAACUGGGGGCAAAAUUGGCAAAGCAACUCUUACCUCAACGGUCAAGCACUUUCCUUCAAAGUAACCACCAGCGACGGUCGCACCGUCGUCUCCUACAACGCCGCUCCUUCCGGCUGGUCCUUCGGCCAGACCUUCGCCGGUGGACAGUUCCGCUAAAAGGGGCAAUUUGGUCAUUCUCUUCUCUAUUCUUAUACCUAAAGUAAUUUUGUUUGUGUGGUGUGUUCGUAAAAUUGGAUUCUUGCGAACUCGAUUGUUAUUGUUCAGAGAGUGAUGCGUCGAAGGCUCGGUUUUGCAGAAGGCCUUGAUGACGUCUAUGCCUUUUUGGACCUCUUUAUUUUUUUUCCUUUUUCAAAAGUAGUUUUUUUUAACUAUGAGAGGAAAAAAUAAAAACAUGGCAGCUAUUGUAUUAUUAUUACUGAUGCAGAGGUGGAGUUUUAACUACCACCCGCUAGUAGUAAUGAGUAACCCUCAUUUUAUUCUUGUUUCUUAAGGUGUGAUAGAUAAGAUUAUGAGGAUCUUCAAAUUGUAUUUUUCUGAUGUUUGUAUGUUAUGAGAUCAAAAGAACUCAUUAUUAUGUUUGUAAUAAUACAAGUCAUUAAUAAGUUAUGAAAAAUGGGGAUUGGCCUUCAUUAUGUAUUAGGUUAAGUGAUCUAAAAGUUUUGAAUAAAUAGCUAUAUUUGCCGUUCUUGUGAA